ACGCGGCGGGGAGCGCGGGCGGCGGGCAGCUCGGGCAAGCUUCGCCGUGCCUGUCAGAGCCAUGCCAUCCUAUCUCACGAGGCAGAAGACGAGACAAACUUUCUCAUGGGUUGGCAGGCCAUUGCCAGAUCGAAAACAGCACUGCCAAAUCUACAGAGAAAUGUGUAUGAAAGUCAACGAUUGUUCCACUGAGAUUCACAUCAAGGUUGGACAGUUUGUCUUGAUUAAAGGGGAUAAUAAUGAAAAACCCUAUGUUGCUAAACUGAUUGAAUUAUUUGAAGAUGGAUCUGAAGUUCCUCCCAAGAAAUGUGCCCAAGUACAGUGGUUUGUCCGAUUCUCUGAGAUUCCUGUGUUUAAAAGGCAUUUGUUAGGCCGGAGGCCUGAUGCACAGGAGAUCUUCUGGUAUGACUGUUCUGACUGUGAUAACAACAUUUUUGUGGAAACCAUCAUUGGCCCUGUUCAGGUAGUGGCGUUAGCCCCAGAAGAAGUAAUCCCUAUGGACCAGAAAAACGAGGGGACACUGUUCGUGAAGCUGUCCUGGAAUAAAAAGAGAUUCACGCCGCUGGCACCUGAAGUACUUGCAGCCCUGGGAAAGCUAGAAAAUAGCCCUGAUUGCAAGAAACCUUUGGAAGCCAAAAUUAAGAAUUUAAAAAGGCGUCCUUGGACCACAACAAAACAAGUGCUCAAAAGGAUUAAAUCAAGUCACUCCACCUCCAAAUCUCAUGAAACUCCUGUUCAUCCUGUCGCUCCCAAUUCAAGCAAACCAGUGAAACUUCGUGGUUUUCCCAGGAAGCCUAACACGAGGCUAUCUCGGAAGAUCUUAUGUGACUCCUUGGAUUCUCAAAAAACAUCUAAACGAAAAGCACCCUUCUCUGAGACAACCUCACCACCUAAAAGGUCUCGGCCUGGUGAAAAGAAGACCUCUUCAGUUUUGAAAACUCUAGGAAAAAAUGGACAGGCUCAACUCUUUUGUGCCAAAGGCAGGAUGACUCAGGGAGCCCAAGGUCAAGCUAUGAUUACCAAAGAAUUCAGGAUGGAAGGGCUGCUCAGCCCUGUCAGGAGCAAGCAGAGGUCCUCAGUGGUGCCUUCUGUGGUUCUGACGCCAGAGUACAUUGGGAGGGAGGUAAAAGAACAAGAAGCUCACCAAGAAUCCACCCUUACCUCUCACCGUGUCCAUCGACGGAAUUCUGCCUUGACUCUGAAGCGGAUUAGGCAGCAGCUUUGGCUUCUAGAUGGUAAGAAAAGUGACCACGAAGAAGAAGAGCACAUGUCCUCAGCUGAGGUGUCAGACUCCAUGAGUGAGGAGGAGGAGGAGGAAGAUUUCAUUUUCUCCCUUCCAAAGAGAGGUCCCCAGCAGCAGUCCAGGAACCGAAGAAUGGCCUGUAGGCCAUCACUGCAGAGCCCCUCCACGACACCACAAAAAAGUCGUAAUCCUAGAACACCUCAUCAUGCCAUUCCUCAGAUCCGAGACAGAAACCUUGCUGUCCAGGAGCCAACUAGUGUGCUUGAAGAGGCCCGGCUCAGGCUGCAUGUUUCUGCUGUGCCUGACUCUCUUCCCUGCCGAGAGCAGGAAUUCCAAGACAUCUACAACUUUGUGGAAAGUAAACUUCUUGAUGGGACUGGAGGGUGUAUGUACAUUUCUGGGGUCCCUGGAACAGGGAAGACAGCCACUGUGCAUGAGGUCAUACGCUGUCUGCAGCAGGCAGCCCAAACAAAUGAUGUUCCUCCCUUUCAAUAUAUUGAGGUCAAUGGCAUGAAGCUGACAGAGCCCCACCAAGUCUAUGUGCAGAUUUUACAGAAGCUGACGGGCCAGAAGGCAACAGCUAAUCAUGCGGCAGAACUGCUGGCAAAGCGAUUCUGCAGUCGAGGGUCUCCACAGGAAACCACUGUGCUGCUUGUGGAUGAGCUUGACCUUCUGUGGACUCACAAACAAGAUGUAAUGUAUAACCUUUUUGAUUGGCCUACUCACAAGGGAGCCCAGUUGGUAGUCCUGACCAUUGCUAAUACCAUGGACCUGCCAGAGAGGAUCAUGAUGAACCGUGUGUCCAGCCGGCUGGGCCUCACCAGGAUGUCUUUCCAGCCCUAUUCUCACAGUCAGCUGAAGCAGAUCUUAGUGUCCCGACUCAAACAUUUAAAGGCCUUUGAGGAUGAUGCCAUCCAGUUGGUAGCCAGAAAGGUAGCAGCUCUCUCUGGAGAUGCCCGGCGCUGCCUGGACAUCUGCAGGCGUGCCACAGAGAUCUGCGAGCUUUCCCAUCAGCAUGGUGACUCCUUGGGCCUGGUGACUGUGGCCCACUUAAUGGAAGCUAUAGAUGAAAUGUUCUCCUCGUCCUACAUUGUGGCUAUCAAAAACUGUUCCGUCCUGGAACAGGGCUUCCUGAGAGCCAUUAUUGCGGAAUUCCGCCGGACAGGACUAGAGGAAGCGACGUUUCAACAGAUAUACAGUCAGCAUGUGGCUCUGUGCAGGAUGGAGGGACUGCCUUACCCUACCAUGUCAGAGACCAUGGCUGUGUGCUCACAUCUGGGUUCUAGCCGCCUCCUUCUAGUGGAGCCCAGCAGGAAUGACCUACUCCUUCGAGUGAGACUCAAUGUCAGCCAGGAUGACGUUCUCUAUGCUCUAAAAGAAGAGUGAAGGGCUUCUCGGAUUUCUGCUAUUUCUCAAAGAGCCUUAUUUAUUUAUUUCUUCAGAGUGUUUGAGAACUUUAUGAUUACAUAUAUAUAUAUAAAGAUAUAUGUAUUGCAUAUUUGUAUCUAUGUAAAAUAGUUCUGGUAGAUUUUUUUAUGAACUUGGGUACGCUGGCUGCCUGUGGGAAAUACCUGGCAGUUGGUCAGGGGUGAGAGGAAGACUUCACUGUAUGCCAUGAUGUACUAGAUUUUAAAUGACAAAGUAAAACUGAUUUUACAGAAAACAACUGGUGGGGUUGGA